UUAGAUGGAACAUGGCUCUCUCCAGAGGUUUGAGGUGCUGUCAAAGGGUUUUCUCCUGGAUACCUGUGCUUAUUAUAACCUCCGUGGUGUUGUGGUCAUACUACGCCUACGUCUUUGAGCUAUGUCUUUUUACACUCACCAACACAUUGGAAAAAGUGGUCUAUCUACUAGUAUUUCAUGUUUGCUUUGUGAUGUUCUCCUGGACCUACUGGAAGUCCAUCUUUACCCCUGCUGCAUCACCAUGCAAAAAGUUUCAGCUGUCAUACUCAGACAAGCAAAGAUACGAGAUGGAGGAGAGGCCAGAUGCCCAGAAACAAAUCCUGGUUGAGAUUGCAAAGAAACUGCCCAUCUUCACUCGAGCUCAAUCUGGAGCUAUCAGGUUCUGUGACCGCUGCCAGGUACUGAAGCCUGACCGCUGUCACCACUGCUCAGUUUGUGAAACAUGUGUGUUGAAGAUGGACCAUCACUGUCCCUGGGUGAACAACUGUGUGGGCUUUUCCAACUACAAGUUUUUUCUGCUUUUCCUCUCCUACUCCAUGCUGUACUGUGUAUUUAUUGCAGCAACAGUCUUUCAGUAUUUCCUCAAAUUCUGGGUGGGGGACUUGCCAAAUAGGCCCGCAAAGUUCCAUGUCCUCUUCCUUAUGUUUGUGGCGCUCAUGUUCUUCGUCAGUCUCAUGUUCCUCUUUGGCUAUCACUGUUGGUUGGUGGCCAAGAACAGAUCCACUUUAGAGGCCUUUUCAGCUCCAGUUUUUGUCAAUGGACCAGACAGAAAUGGCUUUAAUGUUGGCAUACGCAAAAACCUGCAGCAGGUAUUUGGAGAAGAUCGAAGACUUUGGUUCAUCCCUGUCUUCACAAGCCAAGGGAACGGCCACUACUUCCCCUUGAAGAAUCGGAGUUCUGAGUCCCAGAACCCCUUAUUAGCUAAUGAGGACAUGUGGGAGGAGUCAGAUGAUGGCUCUGAAGAAGGAAGCUUAGUUGAGGACCAAGAUCCGUCUGUUACAAUAGAGAUGGAGGAAUAGUAAUUUAACGUAAGGACAAUUUACACUGGUACAGAGGAUGUAGAUUUAUAUUGCACACACUGUGUACCAUGAGGCAAAUGCAUUCCAAAUCAUAUGGAUGCUCAGACAAAAAAAAAUCUGAAGGGGGGCCAAAUGAGUGGAUUAAAGCCGGCAUUUGGAUUGUCAUUGCCACUUUUACCCUGGCAUUUUACAUCAUGAAAAAUAGAGGAACUCACUGGAUGACCAGCGACAGCAUCGCCUCUUCUCUCAUGGAUGGACAAACAACAGUAUCAGUUUGAUUCGGAAAAAAAAUUGUCAAAUAUUACCUCACAUACAAAAAGGCAACUGUUAUUUACCACAGCUCCUAUAUUUGCUUCUUGUUGUUCAUCUCAAGGCACAGGCCUCUGUGGGAUUAUGAAUUACUGUUAAUUGGGAAGCUUCUGUCUGGCACUGUGCUUUUUUUUUUUUUUAUAUGCCUCUCUUUCAGUGUUGGGUUGAGUUUACAGUGUUGCACCUUUGAGCUUGGUCUGUGCAGGGUGGUAUCUAAUGUGACCUCGCACCCAUAAUGCCCCAGAGGUCUCUUGUAGUGAUUCAGUUGUCUGGCCUCUACUGGUUUAGAUCUUAGCAGCAUAUUUACAUAAUAUUUUAUUUUAUUUUUUUCAAUGAACAUAAGCAUAUUAGAAUACCUGACUUAACCUGCGCCUUAUUAAUAUAUUUAUACCUGUGUUUUGGGAGUCCACUUCUCCUAAGAAUGUAUCCAGCAUCCUGCUUGUGAGUAGAUUGUGCCAAUGUUUUAGGCACCUAUUUACGAAAGAACCUAUCAUAUGUUUGAACAGAGUAUUUUAUCAUUAACUUUUGAGUUAGAAUGCCAUUACCAAUGUCUGAUCAGACUAGUGACAGCAAUCAAAACUAGCAUACAUUUGUAGUUUUGGUUCAUGUUACGUUUGAUAAUUAAAGAUGAGAGUAUCUCAGAGUAUUAUGGCAAACUUAAUAUAAUGUCGAUUAUUUUUGAGUGGAAUCCUAUCCUGAAUAUACUCUAUAUCAUGACUUAAAUGCUGGUGGCUACAGUGCUGAUUAAAAUAAAAAUGCACUGCUCAGUUUUGACUUUUAAGUCUGGGAUGAGCAUACAAAACAUACUGUGAUAAACAUUUUUUAAAUUAAUUAUCACAAUCUUGUUUUCUACCAUAUCAUCCAUCCCUAUUAAGAUAACACUGCUGUGUGGAUGCAAAGUGAUAAGAAAGUGAAAAUAGCUUUCAUCAUAGGCACAAAAUCAUGUAUAGGAGAGGACAUAGGUUUUUCUAUGUCUGUUUUUUUUUUUUUUUUUCAUUUUCAAUCUUUUUACACAUGCAGAUAACUAUAUACAUGAAUAUAUAUACUAUACAUACUAUACAUGUAUAUACAGUAUAUGUAUAUGAAUAAUGACUGAUCCUCAUCCACUGGUUGGUAGAGUUCAGUGGUCUUCUGCAAUACGAUAUUCAGAUUUUUUACUACCUGUGUUUAUGUAUUUUGAAAUUGUGAAUACCAUUGAAACAGAUUCUCCUUAUCAAGGGUGUUUGGUUUAUGGACUUGUGUAUUUAGCCAGUGUACUUGAUUGAAAACCAUUUCCGUCAUUGAGUUUAUCCAUUUAUCCAUCAUGAGUAAAAUGUUAGGCCUUUAUCAAACCUCUAUGCUGUAUGAUCUUGACACUUUAACUUGCUUCAUCAGAUCUGUUUUUCUAAUGAGUUGGGUAAGCCAAAUCAAAUGCUGCUCAUAUCUGAGAAAUACAUCAAGUCAUUUAUUGAUUGAAACUGUGUUGUUUUUAUCUUAGGUAUGAUUCGGUGUUUGAAAGCAUGUAUAAAACAUUAGGAAAGAUGUGGAUGUUGAGUGUUUCAUGUCGUCUUGUGUCUAUUUAUUGUUAUAAUGUUCAGCUUUUUUCCUGUGUAUUGAGUUUACUGAUUCAUAACUGCUGCAGGCGGUGUCUGUUUAUUUUGCUCCAUCAAGUGACACUUAAACUAUUGAAGCAAUGUGCUUUUAUCAAAUAGUAGGAUAUUUAUAAAAUGAGAAGAUGACAAAUUAUACCCAUUUUGCAAACAGGAAACAGGAGUUCAGCAUUGCUAGAGCAUAUAUGGUCCCUUUUGAACUGUCUUUGAAGUAUGUGAUUGUGGCGCUUCCCUUUUUCAAACGCCUCUGAACCACCAAAAAAACUGACACUGUUUCAUUUGCUGUUCUGUCUGUUAACAAAUAUAAAUUCUUUAUUGAUUCAUCAGUUGUUGUAACAUGCAAAAUAAAAUGCUCCAUGUUGAACUCUU